AUGAAAACCACCCAAAACCCAACAGAAGAAUACCUCGCCCUCACUCAAACACCAGGCCGACUCGACCGCACCGAGCUCGAAACCAUCUACGACCGACUCAACCCGGUAUCCCCAGAGUUCUUGGAUGGAGAGUGGAGCAUCCACUUGCUCGACACGGGACAUCCGGCCCAGGCCAUCGCGACGGACGGGCUGCCGCUUAUCCGGACACUGUUUUCGUUAGAGGAGACAGAAAAG